AUGCUGACGAGGCGGCACGGAGGGUUCCGGCUCGGCCGGAAGCUGCUCAGCGCCUGGCGCUGGGUGCUCUGCCACCGCCGGCGCCGCCGCGGCCGCGGGUACCUCCGCCUGCAGCCGUGCCAACAAGGACGACGAGGCAGCAACAAAUCCCCGUCGACGUCCCCCCUGGCGGAUGCAGCGGUGCGCGCCAAGAAGCAGCAGCAGCAGCGCGAUGAGUCUGGCUCGCCGCGGAUGCUCACGUGGGGGCGGUCGCUGGCGCGGCGGAUGAGGCUCCUGCGGCGGCGUGUGGGAGGGGGGAAGGACGGCCGGCUGCUGGAGGACGCCGCGGCGGAGGCCACCACGCCCAAGGGGCAGGUGGCCGUGUACGUGGGCGGCGCCGAGCCCGGGGGCGAGUCGAUGAUGCGGUACGUGGUCCCCGUGGUGUACUUCAACCACCCGCUGUUCGGGGAGCUGCUGCGCGAGGCCGAGGAGGAGUUCGGCUUCCAGCACCCCGGCGGGAUCACCAUCCCGUGCGCGGCCUCGCGGUUCGAGCGCGCCGCCGCCGUGGCCGCCGGCGGCGGCGGGAAGAAGGUGCCUGCUGGAUGGUGGUAG